AUGCCUGACCGCGAGAAACCAGGGACCAAGACAUUCACCGAGGCCACGCCUUUACUGCAGAAGGCAGCACCAAUCGUGUCUGCGCAGGAAUGCCAGCAACAUAAACAACUGCUCCGAUGUUUCUUGAACUUGAAGCAGACGGUCUCGAAGACAAAAGGCCUAUUCAAGACAGAAUAUGCCCAUAAAAACAGAAAUGAGUUAGACCCGAUAGCUCGACAGUCGGCGGCGGAGGAAAGUCGGUGGUCGAUCUAUGUCUCGCGGGCUAUCCAUCGAUUUUCUGUUUGGUGGACUUCUUUAUCAGUGACUGGCACACCAGGACCGGGUUCGAGUCAGUUAUUAGAAAAGUCGUACGGGCCGCAUGGCGGGUGGACAUGGACAGGGGAUCAGAUGCCUCCAUUAGAACAGAUGUUUUGA